AUGGACCUCGCGCUCACAAUCCUCGAUGGUCUUCGCCUGAUCUAUGAGUUGCGCGAUGCUAUUCGUCGCCAACGCCCCGAGAACCGGAAGACUUAUCUGCGGAUGAUGGAGAUCUACGUCGAACUUCAACUGUCGGCACCUCUUCAAGAGAACCCCACCAUACAACGCACCAAUGCUAUCGAGAAAUUCGCGUCUGCUGUGGACUCGUUCUCGAAGUAUCUGCGAAAGUACCAUGACAUGCAUCGAGUUGUUCGGAUGUUUAAACAUGCCAAAAUGGAGGAGAAACGACAGAAAAUCGCCUCCGAAAUCGACCAACUCUUCCGAAUGCUGAACCUCGCUGCGACUGUGACGAUGAUGAACGAACAAGCUACGGCUUCCAGUAACGCGGCGAAACUCUUCGCUAAGCUUGAAGACAUGCACGGCGAUAUCCGACUCAGUCACGACCAAAUCCACGCUGCACUCCUCGCAGACAGGCAACAACUUGAACUAGUCAAGGAGGAGAAGGUGUUGGAUGAACGGGGACCUGCAGUCGAGAAACGAGCGGCCACUAGGGUGCGAGAAGAAAGAUAUCUUGCGCAGUCAAAGUCAAUCGACAAGAAACCCCCUGCUGUGAUCGUCGAGAGUGCCGUGGUGAAGAACGUCGAGGAGUAUCCGACAGCUGAAAUGAAGCUUGACAAUGAGCUGGAAGAGAAGGCGCUUCCCAACGAGUCUUUGUUGAUGCAGGACACGACGGAGGAUACAGUCAGAAGCAGUGCAUUGGACGAAAGUGGUGAUGAUGUCGAUGCUGAGGAGAAGGCACCUGUCAUCACGAAGUAUGAAUUGGACCAGAGUACCGCCAACGUUGUGGUUGGUGCGACGGUGGUGCCCGUCCAAAAGAUUGAAUUGGCCGGAUUGAAGCAAACAAGUGCGGGCGAUGACGCAGAGGACAAGACACCAACCGUCUCCACUGUCUUUGUCUACUCCUCUUGA